AUAAAAUCCGCGAAUGAAUGAUUUAAAAUUGGGAAUUGGAAACCUUUUCGCAGUCAGUAGAGCGGGAGAGCCGCGGUAGAGUUUUUGUGGCGCGUCGUCUCGCUUGCACCGCAAAGGUCGUUCGUUGAUGGUUUCCGUUUGUGUGUGUGUGUGUGCCUACGCGUGGGAGGGGAGAGUGUACUCUACACGCGAAACAAACAGUGCACAAAAGCAUGAAAUCAUUUUUAAAGCUGCAGAACCAAAUGAAAAGCUAAUUCAGUAGAAGAAUAUCGGGUGACUGGAGCGCACAAUAAGAUAAAAUUGAAGGUUAUUCUUUGUGCGUUUGAGGUUCGUGUGUGAGAGUUCCAUUGUAAACAAAAAAGCAAGUGCCGAGAGAACGGGAGAGAGAGAGAGAGAGCGAAGAGGGCAGCAAGACAAAGAGAGGCAGAGCGCGCAGGCUCGAAGAAAGUACCGCACAAAGCGAACGAUGAAAAUGUCAAUAAACUCUGCGAAAGGUGAAAAAUUCGAUAUUCGUCGUGCAAUAAUUUCCUCGAUUGCCAUCGAGUCGCUUCCAUUCGGGCAAGUAGUUUACAUGAAAAGCUAUGCGCACAAUGUGCUUGCAAAAGAAACAAACUUCAAACAAAAUGUGACAAACUGGUGAGGCCAAGAAAUCAACACCAACGUGAAAUCCCAUCUUAUCAACACAGCAACAGAAAUCCAUAAAAAUCCGAGAGACUGAAAAGGGGACAAUUGGAAUACUUUUAAUUACUUUUAAAUGAUUACAACACAAUGGAACUACAUCAACGACACCUCUCCAAUUUUUAUAAGCUGCACAACUGAGAAUGAAAAGUCUUUGAUAAAUACAUAAUAAGAAAGCAAAGAACCGGCUGCCGACGCUAUAUUGCUUCAAAGGCCAAAAAUGCCAAACAUGUCCAGCAUUAAAGCGGAGCAGCAGAGUGCUCCUAUUGGAGGAACUAGCGGCUAUCAACUGCCGGUCAAUAUGUGCACCACCGCCGUGGCAAGUACGACGACAACUCUGGGAGCAGCCACCGUGGGGGCUACUGUCUCCCGGCACAACGUAUCUGUGACGAACAUUAAGUGCGAGCUAGACGAGCUGCCCACGCCCAACGGAAAUCUUGUGCCGGUAAUCGCAAACUAUGGCCACGGUAGCCUGCGCAUUCCGCUAAGUGGACAGCCGAAUCAUGAGGAGUCCGAUUCGGAGGAGGAGCUGGCGAACAUCGAGAACCUGAAGGUGCGACGAAGGACGGCGUCUGAUAAAAACGGACCUCGACCGAUGUCUUGGGAGGGCGAACUGAGCGAUGCUGAGGCUAACGGCGGGGAGGAACUAAUGGAAAUGGAGCCGACAAUCAAGAGCGAGGCGGUCGCGGCCGUUCCCACUUCCCUUCAGCCAACCUGCGCUCUGCAGCCGAUCAAAGCUGAGCUAGAGAAUAUUGCCGGAGAGCUGCAACUUCAGGGGAAGUCUUACCCCAUGUCCAACUCACAAUGCCACGUUGUCACGAAAAUGAAGCUGGCGCCGACGCAGAGCGAUCCGAUCAAUCUCAAAUUCGAGCCCUCUCUGGGAGACAAUUCGCCGCUACUGGCUGCCCGUAGUAAGUCCAGUAGUGGAGGCCACUUGCCGCUACCCGCGAAUCCCAGUCCCGACUCUGCAAUACAUUCCGUCUACACGCACAGCUCGCCCUCGCAGUCGCCGCUGACGUCGCGACAUGCCCCCUACACUCCCUCGCUGAGCCGCAACAACAGCGACGCCUCGCACAGCAGCUGUUACAGCUAUAGUUCCGAGUUCAGUCCAACCCACUCGCCCAUCCAGGCUCGGCAUGCCCCACCCGCUGGUACGCACUAUGGCAACGGAGGAGUGCACCACCACAGUGUUCUGUACCGUCCGCUCAAAGUAGAAGCCUCAUCCACGGUGCCAUCCAAUGGGCAGGAGGCUCAGAACCUAAGCAUGGACUCUGCCUCAAGCGGUCUGGAUGCAGUGGGUUCGGGAUCAUCACAUCCUGCUUCCCCGGCGGGCAUUUCGCGUCAGCAGCUAAUUAACUCGCCGUGUCCCAUAUGCGGUGACAAAAUCAGCGGCUUUCACUACGGAAUCUUCUCCUGCGAGUCCUGCAAAGGCUUCUUCAAGCGCACUGUUCAGAACCGCAAGAACUACGUGUGUGUACGUGGCGGACCCUGCCAGGUGAGCAUCUCCACACGCAAGAAGUGUCCGGCCUGCCGGUUUGAAAAGUGCCUUCAGAAGGGCAUGAAGCUGGAGGCGAUUCGGGAGGAUCGAACCCGCGGUGGCCGCUCCACUUACCAGUGCUCCUAUACGCUUCCCAACUCAAUGCUCAGUCCCCUGCUCAGUCCGGAUCAGGCGGCAGCAGCUGUUGCCGCCGCAGCGGUGGCAAGUCAGCAGCAACAACAGCAACAGCGACUCCAUCAGUUAAAUGGAGGAUUUGGCGGCGUACCCAUCCCGUGCUCGACCUCUCUUCCAGCCAGUCCCAGUUUGGGGGGAGCUUCCAUAAAAUCGGAGGAUGCCGUGGAGUCUGGCAAGCACAGCCUGCGAACCGGAAGCGUACCACCACUACUGCAGGAAAUCAUGGAUGUUGAGCAUCUGUGGCAGUACACCGAUGCGGAACUGGCCCGCAUCAACCAACCUCUGUCCGCAUUCGCAUCUGGAAGCUCCUCUUCGUCGUGCUCAUCAGCCGCGUCCUCGGGUGCCAACGCACAGCCCCAACUAACAAAUCCACUACUGGCCAGUGCCGGACUCUCAUCCAAUGGCGAGAACGCCAACCCCGAUCUAAUCGCCCAUCUCUGCAACGUGGCUGAUCACCGCCUCUACAAGAUUGUCAAAUGGUGCAAGAGUUUGCCGCUCUUCAAGAAUAUCUCGAUCGAUGACCAAAUCUGCUUGCUCAUAAAUUCAUGGUGCGAACUGCUGCUCUUCUCCUGCUGUUUUAGAUCAAUUGAUACUCCCGGCGAGAUUAAAAUGUCCCAAGGCAGGAAGAUAACCCUUUCACAGGCAAAAUCAAAUGGAUUGCAGACUUGUAUUGAACGGAUGCUCAAUCUGACCGAUCACCUGAGGCGAUUACGCGUUGACCGCUACGAAUAUGUUGCCAUGAAGGUGAUUGUGUUGUUGCAGUCAGAUACGACGGAGUUACAGGAGGCGGUAAAGGUACGAGAGUGCCAGGAAAAGGCGUUGCAAAGCUUGCAGGCUUACACCCUAGCCCAUUAUCCAGACACGCCGUCGAAGUUCGGGGAACUCCUGCUGCGCAUUCCCGAUUUGCAGCGAACGUGCCAGCUGGGCAAGGAGAUGCUGACGAUCAAGACUCGAGAUGGAGCUGAUUUCAACUUGCUAAUGGAGCUCUUGCGCGGAGAGCAUUGACAAUUGAUAACGAAGAUGGAAAUCUGCUGCCAUCGGCAAAACAAGUUCUACAUAUUUAGUAUUAGAUACGUAUAUUUUAGAGAUAAGUACUUUAACUGUAAGCUCGGAAAACAUGUGCCUAAAAACCAAAGCCACAAUAGCAGCCACAAUAGCAUGCCCACUGGUCGACAUUGCAUCUGAGCGCAAGAUUGCCAAAUUUUUACACCGAUAUAUAUUUUGAUAUAAGCCAUGCGCAGGGUCUGCAAUUGCUGUUGUUGUUGGCCAAAGUUUCAGUGAGAAGAGUAUAUAUAUAUAUUGAUUUUGCUAUUUAUACAUAUUUGACUUAUGUAUAGUGUAAACUAAAGCACACAUGGAAAAUGAAAAGACUAAAAAAUUUAUUUAAAUAAUUACUUUUACGUAUUAUGGAAGAGAAAAACGAAAACACACAGAUGCAUAAAAGUAAAUUUAGUUACAGCAGCUAGCGACAUUUUUAUACCUACUAUAUAAGAGAUAAUAUCCAAUGUAUUUUUAAUGAAAUGCCAAAACCGAUUUGGUUUGGAGUAGAGCUGAUGGAAUUUUCGAUAUAUAUAUAUAUAUAUAUAUUAAUUAUUAGAAGACGGAUUAUUAUAUCCAAUUUUUAAAUGUUGUAGCAUUUAGUUUUAGUGCAAUUUCACCCAUGUCUACAUACAUAUAUCUCCGGUCAGAUAUACCCAGAAAUCUUUAUUCAACAAAAGACUACUCGAAAUCGCCAUCCCUGGUUGGCUAGGACUAUUCCAGUUAUGCUGUUUGUUGCAUGAAAAAAACACAACUACAUACAUAAAUCAAAUCUAACAUUUUAUGUCUGAGUUUUGGGUUUCGUAUUAAUUUUUUUAAUAAUUAUUAUUAAUUUUUAACUCUUACUUAAAUAGCUGAAGCAAAUCCUGCAACAGGAUUCAAAACACGUAAAUACACGAAACAUUAUUGAAGAAUAAUAUUUUGCUUAUAUCUUAAAUAGUUAGAUAUGUAUCUGCAUAUGUGUGUCUAUAUGUGAGUACGUUAACUAAACACUUCCUGCCCCACCAGAAAAAUCACAAGCAACAAAAAACAAAUGUAAUUCCAAAUAGAAUAAAUCUGCAUCUGCAAAGGGAAGAUCAUGAGACAGAAACAUAAGCAUCCUUAAAGUUGAAGUAGAAAUCCGAAUGAUCUUGCGGAGAGUAUCAAGUCAACUUAAAACGCAUUAUUAAGGCUUUGGCUUUACUAACUUCUUAAUAAUUGUUCAUUGAUUUAUAUUCUAAAAUAGCUUAUAUCGGCCCAAAUUAUGAUUUCUUCAUCAGAUCCGGAACGUUCAUUUUCUGUACUAGUAUCUAUAUUAUCACGAGGAUCUCACUUCAUAUUGAUUGUGGUCUUCUGCUCUGUCCCGCUCAUGUCCGUCAAUGUAAACCUUAAGCAAAAAUGAAAAUAGUUAAAUGUUAAUUUAAUGGAUAAAGCGCCCUUUACAAAAUAACAAUAUAAAGUUUACCAUAGUUAAAUAAUGAUAGCCACCCAAUUAAUUAAGACCACUCAAAUCAAAAUUAUCUUUUAAUUUCCCCAGCAUCGCAAACGCAAAUGAAAUCAAAGGUCUAUAAUCUAACACGAAACAGUUUUUCGAUAUUUUGGAAUAUUUAUAAAAAGCGCUGGAAUUUUCCUACUUAAGUACGUUGCUUAAAUAGUUAAAGUAAGCUCAAAAUUCAUAGUGGAAGAGUCUUAGGUUAUACAGUUUUCUUUGUUUGUGAUGUUUGUUUUUGCCACACACCAACUCAUCCCUUAGUAAAUAUUUGACUUCAUUUUUCUUAAAAUAAAUGUACCAAUUAAACCCCAACCAUAAUUGAUCAAAAGUAAAGUAAAUUGUCAAUGCAAUAUUUUGUAAUAAAAAAUAUUUAAAA